AUGUCUUCAGUUCCAGUAACACCAGCCCUGAGCUGUCCCACAGUUCCACUUUCCAAUGGUUUGCACAUCCCAAUACUUGGAUUAGGUACAUCUCACGAUGGAGGAUUUUCGUAUGAGGCCGUUGUGUAUGCUCUCACUGAGUGCGGCGUCCGCCACAUUGACACAGCAAAGCGCUACGGCUGCGAGGAGAAACUGGGCAAAGCGAUUAAAGAAAGUGGGAUCCCACGAAGGGAUUUGUGGCUCACCAAUAAACUGUGGCCCGGAGACUAUGGAUUCAAGGCUGCGAAAAGAGCCUGCCUUGAGUCCUGCUCGGUGAUGGAGGUGGAAUAUUUUGAUUUGUACCUGAUGCACUGGCCCGAGUCAUUGAGAUCGGGUUGUUCCAACAGAGAGAUGAGAGCUGAAACAUGGAGAGCGCUGGAGGCACUUUAUAAAGAAGGGAUUUGCCGUGCUAUUGGAGUGAGCAAUUUCCUGGUCAGUCACUUGGAACAGCUGAAGGAAGACUGCAGCGUGGUGCCACAUGUUAACCAGGUGGAAUAUCAUCCUUACCAGCAGCCGAAUCACCUGAUGGAGUACUGCCGUAAGGAAGGGAUAGUGUUUGAAGGAUACAGUCCCCUGGCUAAAGGUCAGGUCCUCAGCGACCCCACAGUGCAACAAGUUGCAAAGAAGCACAAACAAACCCCAGCUAAGAUCUGCAUUCGUUGGAGCAUUCAGAAUGGAGUUGUCACAAUACCAAAGUCUAUCAAAAAGAACCGAAUACAGGAAAACUUUCAGGUGUUUGACUUCCAGCUGGACGAGGCAGACAUGGUCGCUUUAGGAGGACUACAUGAUGACAGACACGUAACUUGGGAUCCAACAAAUGUGAAUUGA